AAUGGAGAGAAAGGGGGACAAAAGGGGACAAAUGAGGACAAAUGGGGACAAACUGACCCAAAAUGGGGACAGUGGGGACAAGUGGGGGACAAUGGGGACAAAUUGGGACAAAUGGGGACAAAUGCGGACGAAUGGGGACAAAUAGGGGAUAAUGGGGACAAAUGGGGACAAAUAGGGGACAAUGGGGACAAAUGGGCCCAAAAUAGUGCCAAUGGGAGCAAUGGGGACAAAUGGGGACAAUUGGGACAAACAAGGGACAAAUAGGGGACAAAUGGGGGCAAAUGGGGACAAAUGGCCCAAAAUGAGGACAAUGGGGACAAAUGGGGACAAUUGGGACAAGUAGGGGACAAAUAGGGGACAAAUGGGGACAAAUGGGGACAAUGGGACCUCAUGUGGAUUUCUCCUGCAGCCCUUGCAGUGACGGUGACAGUACAGGCAACCACCACAGAUGCCACCACCACAAAUGUCACCACCACAAGUGUCAGCACCAUAAGUGUCACCUCUCCAAACAUCACCUCCACGGAUGCCACCACCACAAGUGUCACCUCAACGCAGACAUUUGUCCCCUCAGUCGGGGCCUCCAUCGGUUCCUCCACCGCUUUACGGACCUCCAAGGAUGUCACCGCCACCCAGGUGACACCGUCAGCCCACAGUGAUUCCACCUCUCGAGUGACAACCACCGGCGUCACCUUCACUGCUGCCACCCCCACCGGUGGCACCUCCAUUGGUGCCUCUACCUCAGACGCCACCUCUACUGCUGUCACCUCCACUGUCACCUCUACUGGUGUCACCUCCACAGCUGUCACCUCCACCGCUGUCACCUCCACUGGAACCACACCGACUGCUGUCACCCCCACAGAUGUCACCUCCUCAGAUGCCACCUCUACAGCUGUCACCUCCACUGCUGAUGUCACCUCGUCUGGUGUCACCUCCAUUGAAACCUCCACCACUGCUGUCACCUCCACUUCUGUCACCCCCACCGAUGUCACCUCCUCUGCUGUCACCCCAACAACCCCUCCCUCUACCUCAGCAGUGUCCUCUACAGCCUCUUCUACAACCGAAGGACCCUCCUCUGCUGUCACCUCCUCUGCUGUCACCUCCUCUGCUGUCACAUCCUCUGCUGUCACCUCCACUGGUGGCACCUCCACUGCUGUCUCCACACCGGAUGCCACCUCUACUGCUGUCACCUCCACCGUCACCUCUACUGGUGUCACCCCAACAGAUGAAGCCUCCACUGCUGUCUCUUCCACGGCUGUCACUCCCACAGAUGUCACCUCCACUUCAGUCUCAUCCACGGCUGUAACUCCUACACACAUCACCUCCACUGCCAUUUCCUCCACCUCAGACGUCACCUCCACAGCUGUCACCUCUACAGCUGUCACC